UGAAAUAAAUUGAUUAUGGGCCCAUUUUCUUCUUUCUUGUUUUUUGGCUUUUGACAUUGCAGUGUCCAAUUGUUCAUUUGCCUAUUUUCCCAAUCCUAAAAAUAGUAGUAUGACCAAAAGAAGAAGAGAAAAAAAAAAAACUCGUUAGUUCAUUAUUUUGUUCUUCUUUUUGGAUCUGCUGACAGAAGAUCAGUCUUCUAAUGUCAACCAUGAAGUGCUACACUGCUACAGAUAUUUUAAAUUUUAAGAAACUCCAAUGGCCGGACAAGGACAAAUUCUGAGGCCUCAACUUUACUGAAAUUCCAAAAUGCUCUACUCUCUAAGCGAAAUCCUCUGUUUCUUCUUCACGAGCUCACAAACGUGUAAAGUGCCAUGAAUUUCAUGCCUUGAAGGUCAAGUUGAACGCCUCUUUAGAUUCUUGAAGAUUAACCCACAAAUCUUCAUCGAUGAAGGCCUCAAAACAUCACUUCUUCUCUCUAAUUCUUCUUUCUGUCAUCCGCUUCUCCGCCCCUUUCACUCCGGAAAACAACUAUCUCAUUAAUUGCGGAUCAAACACAAACGCCUCAGUCGAUAACAGGUUCUUUCUUGGCGAUUCUGCGAAACCCGGCUCGCUUUUUCUGUCCUCAGGUAAGUCCAUUUCUCUCGCGAACCAAAACCCAUCUGCAGAUUCGCCACAACUUUACCAUACUGCCAGGGUUUUCACAUCCGUUUCUAGCUUUACGUUUCCUGUGAAGAAAACUGGUACCCACGUGGUACGCCUCCAUUUCUCACCUUUCUCUUCUUCAAGUUACAAUCUCACAGCUGCAAAUUUUAGCGUUUCUGUUAAUGGGUUGGGAUUAUUGAACGAUUUUAGAACCCAAAUUGCUGUAUUAAAGGAGUACAUAUUAAGAAUCGAUAAGAAUGUUGUUGAAAUGGUGUUUUCGCCUAAUGGGGAAUCGAGUUUCGCAUUUGUGAAUGCAAUUGAAGUCUUUUCGGCUCCCGGGGACCUCAUUGUUGAUGAUGGGGCGAAGUUGAUUGGUCCUAAUGGGGUUCAGGAGUACAAGAAUCUUUCAUCACAGGUUUUAGAAACUGUACAUAGGAUCAAUGUUGGUGGGUUGAAAUUAACCCCUUAUAAUGACAGUCUCUGGAGGACAUGGGUCCCCGAUGAGAAUUUUCUAGUCUUAAGAUCAGCUGCGAAGCUUGCCGUCACCACUCAUACGCCAAACUACCGGCCUGGAGGUUCGAGCAGAGAGAUUGCCCCAGAUAAUGUUUACAUGACUGCGCAGCAGAUGAAUAGAGAUAAUUUAACUACAGAUUCGUGGUUCAACAUAACGUGGGAUUUUCCGGUGGGUUCAUAUGGUGCACGGCACUUGGUUCGAUUGCAUUUCUGCGAUAUAGUUAGCAUUUCAAUUAAUGAGCUCUACUUUGAUGUCUUUAUCAAUGGGCACUCUGCAUAUAAAGAUAUUGAUUUAUCUUCUCUUGCUUAUCAUGUUCUUGCAUCGCCUUACUACAUUGAUUUUGUUGUGGAUUCGAGUAAUUCGGGGGUUAUGAGGAUUAGUGUUGGCCCCUCUAAACUAAGCAGUUCUUUGAGUAGGAAUGCUAUUUUAAAUGGGGUGGAGAUCAUGAAGAUGGUGAAGUUUGCAGGUUUUCAAACUGUGGCUAGUAAGAAGAAAAAUGUUUGGGUUGUUGUGGGCUCCAUAGUUGGAGGUACAGUAUUUAUAUGUUUGGCAAUACUGGCAGUUAUUUUUGCACUGAAAUGCAGGAAGAAGAAACCAAAACCAAGACCUGCAGAAAGUCUGGGUUGGACUCCCAUAGCUGUAUAUGGAGGUAGUUCAUACAGUAGAACAUCUGAAGCAACAGCUCGUGCAUCUCCUGGCCCAAUUUUUUUAAUGGGCUUGAAGAUCCCUUUUGCUGAUAUACAAUUGGCAACGAAAAAUUUUGAUAAGGGUCUGAUCAUUGGUUCUGGGGGGUUCGGCAUGGUUUUUAAAGGGGUUCUUAGAGACAAUACAAAAAUUGCAGUCAAGCGAGGUAUGCCAGGAUCUAGGCAAGGCCUACCAGAAUUUCAGACUGAAAUAACAAUUCUGUCAAGGAUCCGCCACCGCCAUCUUGUUUCACUUGUUGGAUAUUGUGAGGAAGAGUCAGAAAUGAUACUUGUUUAUGAGUAUGUGGAGAAAGGGCCCUUGAAGAAGCAUCUGUACGGUUCAAAAUUUCCUCCAUUGUCUUGGAAGCAGAGGCUUGAGAUAUGCAUUGGGGCUGCUAGAGGCCUUCACUACCUACAUACAGGAUCAGCUCAGGGAAUUAUCCAUCGUGACAUUAAAUCCACUAAUAUCUUGCUCGAUACAAAUUAUGUUGCUAAGGUUGCUGAUUUUGGUCUUUCAAGGUCUGGCCCACAUCUCGAUGAGACUCAUGUAAGCACAGGUGUAAAAGGUAGUUUUGGGUACCUUGAUCCAGAGUAUUUCCGGAGGCAACGGCUUACUGACAAAUCAGAUGUUUACUCAUUUGGUGUUGUGCUUCUUGAAGUUCUUUGUGCUAGACCCGCUGUUGAUCCAUCGCUUGCUAGAGAGCAGGUGAAUUUAGCUGAAUGGGCAAUGCAAUGGCUGAAGAAGGGUCUUCUUGAGCAAAUUAUUGAUCCCCAUCUUGUGGGGCAGAUAAAGCCAAACUCUUUGAAGAAAUUUGCAGAGACAGCAGAGAAAUGUUUGGCUGACUAUGGUGUUGACAGGCCAACCAUGGGUGAUGUGUUAUGGAAUUUGGAAUACGCACUUCAGCUCCAAGAAAAUGGAAGAGGAAGAGAACUGCAGGAAGAUUGUGAUGUUAAUGUACCAGAGCUCACAGAAUCUACAGCUGUUCCUGAAGCUCCUUAUAGCAAAAGUAUUAUUGAGGGCGACAAUGAAAAUGGGAGUUUAGACAUAACAACAAGCAAGGUUUUUUCCCAGUUGAUGACCAAGGAAGGCAGGUAAUGUUUUCAUGCUGCAGUGGAAGCAGCACUUGCUGCAUGGAUAUUUUCAACAUAACAUCAAUUCAUGAAGAAGUUUGUCUCUGGGAGGUACCAGUCUCAUACAUUCAGUAUUUUUUCCUUUCUUUUUUUUUUUUUUUUACGUCCAAAAUGCAUCUCUGAUGAAUUUCAUCGCGAUGUUCCUAUAGAAAUGCCAACUGCUUUCUCAGAUGGUUUUGCUUGUUCAUUUCUUUAGGGGCCUAUACCAGUUUCUGUCACUCUUGUUGUACAUGAUGUAUGAUAUGAAUCAAAUAGAAACUGCAUCGACUUUGCGACUGAGCUUUGUAACUGUAAAUAAAUAUAUUCCUGUUUUUCUUU